AGUUCCCAAAAACUUACCGCUAUCUCAAGGUUGUGAAAACACAAGCGAGUUUUCGUGUGGCUUGAGCGCUUGUGGUUUCAGUUUCAUUUGAACUUUUUUUUCGUAGCGACAUUUUCGAGUCAGCGGCAUAAAAGUCUGGGCGACCAGUGAUUAGCAUUUAGUUGAAUUUUGAUUGCCACGGGUCCGGUACCGGUGUCUUCACCUCAAUCGGAAAUGCAUUUCUUUAUUGUGCCGUGCCUCCUAGGCCUUUCAGCCGCCAUUCCUCAAGGAUACAACUAUCAGGCCCAGCAACAGCUUCAAUCGUCGUCGCAUGCUGGUCAACUGCAGCUGCCUUCUGUUUCGCAGUUUGCCACCUUUGCGGAGCAGGCGAUUCUUCAGCAGGCGCUCCAGGCUCCCAAGGUGCAGCAGGUCCUGAACGGAGGAGAGGUGGACGCAUCUUACUCCCAGGAAAACAAGGCAUCUGUUCACCAACAGCCGUCGAUGCAGCUCAGCGCAAAUUUUGAGUAUAGUGCGCUGCCACAGGCACAGCAUCGACAGCAGCACAUCGUCUCCAAGGACAUCUACGUUCAUGUGCCACCAGCAGAAGGGCCAGAGGAUCGCUAUCCCCAGCCUGUUCUUCCGCCAGUACCCCCGCGCAAGCAUUAUCGCAUCGUUUUCAUCAAGGCGCCGACGCCUAGUGUCUCGAAGGCGGCGUUGCGCAUCAAGCAGGCUCCUGUGGAGGAGAAGACCAUCAUCUACGUGCUGACCAAGAAACCGGAUCCACUUGACCUCCAGACGGCCAUCGAGGAAAUCGCGCCCAAGCAGCCCAGCAAGCCAGAGGUCUUUUUUAUCAAGUACAAGACCCAGGAGGAAGCUGCGCAUGCGCAACGUACCAUUCAAGCUCAAUAUGACCAGCUUGGCGGCACAUCACAGGUUUCCGACGAGGGAGUCGCACCCGUUACAUCCGUGAUUGGUGUCCUGGACAACCAGCGCAACAGGGGAAUUUCAUCCGGACAGUUUUCGGGCUCCUUGUCAAACAGUUACUUGACAGCCAAUCUGCGUGCAUAG